AUGUCCCUAAAUAGUUCUCCCAGUCGCGACGAAUCAUGUCGGAACGGCCUCAAGGCAACCUCCUUCCGCUCAUCCGCGCGGGCCACGUCGUCUCCAUCUGGCACGACAUCGUCCUCUUCUCCCCCGCUCCCGCCGCCGCCAGUCGAACGCUCGUCCCGCAGCAAGCCACCCGCGCCGCUCAACUUCAUCUGCACGUCCGGCAAGUCCUCGUCGUUCGCCGCGUCGCUCUCGGGUCGUCGUCGUCGCCUGUCGCUCGACGGCAGCGUGCGCGUCGACGACGCGGAGCAGCGCCCGUGGAACGUCGGCAUAAUUCCGCAGACCUGCGUCCUCGCGCCCGCUCCCUCCGAACCGACCCCAACCGCUCCCCCCCCAAGCGAACCCGUCGCUACGAUCAGGCGUGAUUUUUUCCGCUCGCUUUCCGUGUCCUGCGUCCCCUUCGGCGAUCUUCUGGGCGACGCCUCUAGCGACACCUCGGGCGACCCUUUCGCCGAGCCCGACGCCGCGUUUCCCGUGAUUCUGGACAACGCGCCUUUGGAGGCGGUGGAGGUGGGCGCGAGGGAGCGCGACCCGGGCGACGUGUUCCCCGUGCUGCCGCUCCUCGCGCUGCCCGUGCGCCUGCGCCCGGGCCUGAAGUCGGAGGUUUCGUGGAAGCUGGUAGUGGUAGCGGCGGACGAUCCGCAAGUCGAGGGGGGGGAGACGGCGGCCGUCGCGGCGACGGCGCUGCCGCAAGUGAAGGCGUGGGCCGACGCGGGAGGGUUCACUACAGUCGGGCCGAACCCGUGGCGGAUUCUCGAGUCCCCGCAGCGCAGCGACGCGGACGAUUGGGAGAAAUCUGCGCGGAAAGCGCAGCGCGUGGUGCGCGAGGCGCACGACGUGUGGAGGCUGCUCGUCGCGACGCUGCGCCGGCCCUCGCUGCAGCGCGGGCACCGCGUGAGCGAGCGCGCCGUGGAGGGAUGGAAGGCGCACGACGGGGUGGACGCGGGCGGGAAGGCCGGCGGCAGCAGCAGCAGCCGAAGCCACGAGAACAGCAGCCUACUUCAGCUACUUGCGCAACCCGCCGGCAACAGCGGGGUUUUCGGUGGAGAGGCGAACGGCGGGAGCUGCAGGAGCGGCGGCGGGAGUAUCGCCGGCGCAGAGCGCGCGUCGGGGGGAAAGGCGGGGAGUGAGCGGGGCGUGCUGUCCGCCGCCGCCAAGGCGGCAACGGCGGCCGUGGGGGCGGCUCGUGGGCUUGCGCGACACAAGGAGGCGCGGGCGCUUGGAGGGGGCGACGACGAUCCGGUCGAGGAGGAUGUCAGAGACGACCGCUCCGAUUCCACGGAGGGCGUUUCCUCCCAAGAUGAGUUUGCCGCCCAAGAUGAGCUUGCCACCCAAGAUGAGUUUGCCGCCCAAGAUUAUAACCCCGCCCAAGAUGAAUAUGCAGGGCAAGUUGAGUAUGCAGGGCAAGACGAUUACUACGUUACGCUCGCGGGUGACGAGGAGGAGGACGAGGUGGAGGAGGGGGGCAGGGAACCCGAAGUCACGACGCAGUUUGAACGAGUGGGAAGUGAGGGCAGCGGCGAGAGCAGCAGCAGUGGUGGCGGCAGGCACAGGCCCGCGCCCCAUCACCAGAGUUCGCCUGUGAGACCAGCCGCUUCGCCAAAAGCCUUGCCGCUGAUGGGCGCUGCUCCGCGUGCGCUUGUGCGGGGUGCCACGUGGAGUGCCGGCACGGGCAGCAGCGCUACUGGCGACGGGGGUGGCGCGUGGGCCGGGCUGGACUCCAUGUUUAGCAGCGCGCCCCUGAUAGUGCGGCGCAGCCGGUCGGGGCUGGAGGGCGAUGGCAGUGAGCAGCACAUCACUGUGAGAACCCGCAGCCUCGGCUCACAGGGCGGGGCAGCUGGUAGUGGUCGCAGUAGGGGUGGUGGCUCCCCUCCGUCUCCCGACAGCGACGCUGCUGCUCUUGUGGGGUGCUAUGGGGUGGUGAUAGGUCGUCGGCCAGACAGGUCGGUGGUGCAAAGAGAGGGGUUGGGGGAGGAGGACGUGAGAGAGCGGCAUGAGGCAGGGCAUGGGAGCAGGUGGUCCUUCACUCCUUCUCUGGUUCGGUCACGCACCGACCCUGCCAGGUUCGGAGCAGGCCAGAGGAGGUACAGCCUGGACUCAGGCAGCAAGGGCAAGGGGUACGGGCGUGCAUCAAGCAGCGGGGGGUAUGAGCAGGCCCAGAGGGGGUUGCCCCCUGGUGCGCGCUCUCACAGUUCUGCAGGCCCUGCCUCUCCUCACCAACAUGCACCUGCGCUCACUCGCCGAUGGAGUGCCGCCGCCGCCCACCGCAUCUCCCUGAAGCACCUGUGGAGCCAGAGCGGGCGGGAUGCGUUGUCCUCACCCAGUGGUGCAGAGGGCAGAAGGAGCAGCUCCCAGGGCAGCCAGAGCUCUCGUAGUGCGCAUGCUGGGGGUGACACGGACGCAGGCCAAGGGGGUGUGGCGGGAGAAAUGCAGUGGCAGCACCAGGACCAUGCCGUGCACCCUCGUGCUUCCUUCACUUCCCACGCUUCCCAUGCUGUACCCAUUUCCCAUGCUUCCCACACUGCAUCCAUUUCCCAUGCUUCCCACACUGCAUCCAUUUCCCAUGCCUUCGCGUCCUUCGCGGGCCUUCGCGCCCUCCCCGCCUCCCACGGCGACACACAAGGCGCUUCCACCGCCCUUAGCGUCCCUUCGUCGCAGCGACCCGGCAGCGGCACGUGCGUCGUGCGGGCGGAUGCGCGGCGGCGGUUGGGGCGUCGCGCGGGGGAUGAGGAUGAGGGGACGGGGAUCGGCGCGCUGGUGCCCGUGAGUCCCGAGGACGAUGCCGUUCAGACCAGCGGCUCGGGCAGACGCGCCAGCGGCUAUUACUCGUACCAGGGGCAGCGCGCGGCGGCGGAGCAGGCGGCGUUCGUGCGCGACAUGGAGGCGGCGGCGGCGGCGGCGGCGGCGCAGCAGACGGAGCGGCAGGUGCUGAUGGACUCUGACGUGGCGGCCACGCAGCAGUCCACGUACCAGCGGAAGACCAAGAUCGUCUGCACCAUCGGCCCCACCAGCAACACGCGCGAGAUGCUGUGGAAGCUGGCGGAGACGGGCAUGAACGUGGUGCGGCUGAACAUGAGCCACGGCGACCACCAGUCGCACCGCCGCGUCGUCGACCUCGUGCGCGAGUACAACAAGGGGCAGGCCAGCCAGGGCGCCGGCAACGUGCUCGCCAUCAUGCUCGACACCAAGGGCCCCGAGGUGCGGAGUGGCGACCUGCCGCAGCCGAUAGAGCUGGAGCGCGGGGAGAGCUUCACCUUCACCAUCCGGCGCGGCGUGGGGUCGCACCGCACCGUCAGCGUCAACUACGACGGCUUCAUUGAUGACGUGGACGUCGAUGACAUCAUCCUCGUCGAUGGCGGCAUGAUGUCGUUCCAGGUGAAGAGCAAGAGCGCGGAAGACGUGGAGUGCGAGGUGGUGGACGGGGGCGAGCUCAAGUCGCGCCGCCACCUCAACGUGCGCGGCAAGUCCGCCACGCUGCCCUCCAUCACAGACAAGGACUGGGAGGACAUUCGAUUUGGAGUGGAGAACAAGGUGGACUACUACGCGCUCUCCUUCGUCAAGGACGCCCAGGUCGUGCUGCAGCUCAAGGAGUACCUCAAAGGCCAGGGCGCGGACAUCGGGGUGAUAGCCAAGAUCGAGAGUGCGGACUCCGUGCCCAACCUGCACGCCAUCCUCGAGGCCUCCGACGGGGCCAUGGUGGCGCGAGGGGACUUGGGAGCGGAGCUGCCAGUGGAGGAGGUGCCGCUGUUGCAGGGCGAGAUCAUCCGGGUGUGUCGCGCGCUGGGCAAGCCGGUGAUAGUGGCGACCAACAUGCUCGAGUCCAUGAUCAACCACCCCACGCCCACUCGUGCUGAGGUGUCGGACAUAGCGAUCGCAGUGAGGGAGGGCACGGAUGCCAUCAUGCUGUCGGGGGAGACGGCCCAUGGCAAGUUCCCGCUGAAGGCGGUGAGGGUGAUGCACACAGUGGCGGUGCGCACAGAGGCUACCAUGGCCGUCCCUAACACCCCCGCCAACCUCGGCCGCGCUUUCAAGCGGCACACGAGUGAGAUGUUUGCGUUCCAUGCCACCAUGAUGGCCAACACGCUGGGCGCGUCCGUGCUCGUCUUCACGCGCUCUGGCUUCAUGGCCAUGCUGCUCUCGCACUACCGUCCCGCCAGCAUCACCUACGCCUUCACCAACGACAAGCGCGUGCAGCAGCACCUGGCGCUGUACCACGGGGUGAGGGCGCUCUACAUGCCAUUCUCCGCUGAUGCCGAGGACACCUUCAACGAGGCGCUGCGCAUCCUCCUCAAGCGCGGCAUGGUGCAGCCGGGGGAUGACGUGGCGUUGGUGCAGAGCGGGCGGCAGCCCAUCUGGCGGUCGGAGUCCACGCACCACAUCCAAGUGCGCCGCGUCAUGCCGCUCAACUGA